AUGUUGCACUAUAACAACAUUCCAGAAGGCCAACAGCAAAAUAGAGUGGGACCUAAUGGAAAGAGGCAGAUUGGUUGCAAGACAACUGACAAGGAUAGGAACACUUCACAUGGUGACACCGUUAACCAAUCCAAGCUUCAACCUCUCAGGCGUGAAGCAUAUAGAAUCAUCAGGAGCAAGAAGACAACUCAAAGGAAAGCCACACAACAGAACCUAGAUGUGAUUCUUGAGGUCCUACAAAGGCAAGACGGACAUGAGACAUCUGAACAAGAAAUAUGGAUCAGCCUCAAGUCUAAGGACCUCCGGAAGAACGUAGCUGACUUCCUGUGGAAGUGUGUGCCCAAUGCACAUAGAUGUGGAGUAUUCUGGAAGAACAUACCAGGAUACAAAGACCGAGUUAACUGCACAUACUGUGGAGAACCUGAGACAAUGAAACAUAUUAUGAUUGAAUGCCAAGCACCUGGACGGGACGUAGUAUGGGACUUAGUGGGAAGCAUUUGGAGCAGGAAGCAGGCGGAUUGGACCCGCCCGUGCUACGAAGAGAUCCUAGCGGUUGGACUACAGCAGUGGCUUGCUCUGAAGAAGGACACGGUCCUUGGAACAUGGAGAGGCACCUUAGCUGAUGAACAUGCCCUCCCCGACGAUUGGACAGGCGUGAAUAGGGUUUUAGUGGGUAUAGCACCCUUCGAUGAUGGAGCCCCACACUGGCAAGUUAUGGCUGUGCGUAAAGGCAUUUUCUUCCCUGGAUUGCACAAUCGGGGGCACCCGCUCACUGGCUGGUCUCAUGGGUCUGACCAAUUGUCAGAUGCCAUGGAUCGCAAGAGCCCUCCAAAAAAAAAGCAGGAAAACUCUAGUUCAUGUCCCCUUCAAUACAUUCACAGUGGUUGCUGUUGUAUCAUCAGCCUGGUGUUAUCUAGAGGGCCCCCAGAUGAGGUGGUCAUCAUCAAAAGCACAGUUAGAGAAGCCACUGUAAUACAGCCAACAGAGUUUGCCACAUUGGGCGCCACUGGAAGGCUCCACUGGAAGUGUUUCACCCCCACCAGUCAUAAGAACAAUACCUUUGUACCUCAGGGGCCAUCAUACAGAUGGUGCUCUGCCGGCGCCCCCUGCAACGGCGGCGUACUGUAUACGGCUGCUCAGGGAUGGGAUAUCCUAGAGGAACCAACACAGGCAAGGGGUGCAGACGUUCGCAACAUGAUGUCAUUGCUGGCGGCUGACGUUAAUCACUCACAUCUCCUGGAUAUUGCCCUUGAGAUUGAGGCCAGCCAUGUUCGUCUACAAGGGGCCCAGCUACGUGACAACAAGCCGCUCCUUGACCUCUCCAACCGAUGCCAGACAAGCUUGAAUCUCAGCACGGUAGCGAGUUUUUGGGCGAUGAUCAAUCAGAUACGUUUAGCCUGCAGAAUUUCAGAUAUGAUUGCAGCACACCCUGCAGAUGCAGACAAAAAACUAACUGUGGCUGCCAUAUACCGCUCUACGUAUGCGGGCUACCAGCGGAAGCCACCCGCACCAUGGACGUUUCAAGAUUGGAAUACUGCCAGGACAAAGUUCAUGAGACUUGCAGCUGGUUCUGUUGGUGCUCUGGUCUUAGUGGCCCAUAAAGAACUCAGAGUUAAGAUUGGAAGUCGUGAUGGCCACAUUGCUGAAGACCUGGCCAAUCUCAUGUGCCACCCUCAAGACACUCCAGAGGGGCGCAAAGUCAUCAAAACUAUGUGGUACCUGCAACAGGACCAGCCAACACCCAUGUAG